CAAGCAAAUUCUAGUUCUAGUAGAUAAUUACCCCUGUCCCCUUUGCUUAACGCUGGGAUGUAAACCGGACAAGCCCUCACUCACGCGCAGGCAGGCAACUAGACGAGGCAACACAGCCGCGGAGCACUCUCACAAUCGCUACUAGAGCGUCGCUAUCCGGCCGUGCGAUUUCCUGAAUCAUGUCUCGGAAAGCUACCUAUGGAUUUGAUUAUGAUGAUGAUUAUGAUGAUGAUUAUGAAGAUUACGAUGAUUACGACCAUGAAGAAGAAGAAGUUGUUAAUCAUGAAGAGUAUGGUAAGUAUUCCUAUUGUAUUAAGUCAUUAUCUGAAGAAGAAGUUGUUAAUCAUGAAGAGUAUGCUGGAGUGACACGAGAAGUUGUUAAUUCUGGGGUUUGGCGCUGUUCUAUAUGCACCUAUGAUAAUGAAGAAAGUAUGAACUAUUGUGAAAUGUGUGGGGUUCUUCGUAUCCCUCCGUCUAAUAGCCACGACAAUAUUGAGAAAGCAGAAACUACAGGUGUGCCCCCAAGGGUCUUUGUGAAGACAGAAGCUACUACAGUGUCUAGUACAAGACAAGUUGACACUACUUUUAAAAAAACAAGCACUCCAGAAGAUCACAAUCAUGUCCUCACUGUAAACAUUUUGAGAAAUACUGUUAUGGAUGAGGGUCCCUCGAGCUCAAAAAAUUCUGAUAAAGCUUCCUCAAAGAACAAAAAAUCAAAACAUAAUAGCAUAGAUGGGAGUAUUUCUCUAGCAAAUGGAGCAGAAUCUGAAAGCCUUCCUAGUGGCUUGAAUAAUAUGUCAUUGAAUAACAAACAUGUAUCUUCCAACAUUCUGAUUCCUAAGAAAACCCUUGCACAAUACAAACCUGAGAAGUGGAUGCUACCUGACAAAGAAGUUGGGGAAAAGGAUCAACUAAAUCUUGCUAUUGUUGGCCAUGUUGAUUCUGGAAAAUCGACAUUGUCUGGAAGACUCUUACAUCUACUGGGCCAAAUAUCUAAGAAACAAAUGCAUAAGUAUGAGAAAGAAGCCAAAGAACAGGGAAAGGGAUCAUUUGCCUAUGCUUGGGCUCUUGAUGACAGUGUUGAAGAACGAGAGCGUGGAAUAACCAUGACAGUUGCUGUUGCGUAUUUUGACACCAAGAAAUAUCAUGUGGUUGUGCUAGAUUCUCCUGGGCAUAAAGAUUUCGUUCCCAAUAUGAUAUCAGGUGCAACCCAAGCAGAUGCUGCAAUUCUCCUUAUAGAUGCCUCAGUUGGUGCAUAUGAAACCGGGAUGGACAAUAUUGGUGGACAAUCCCGAGAGCAUGCACAAAUUAUUAGAAGUUUUGGAGUUGAUCAAAUUGUAGUUGCAAUUAACAAAAUGGAUGUUGUGGAAUACUCCAAGGAACGAUUUGAAUUGAUCAAGCAUCAAGUUGGGUCUUUUCUAGGUCAAUGUGGCUUCAAGGAAUCUUUCAUCUCAUGGGUUCCUUUGAGCGCUAUAGAAAACCAAAAUUUGGUGUGUUCUGCUACUGAUGUGCGUCUAAAUUCUUGGUACAAAGGACCAUAUCUUUUAGAUGCUAUAGACUCGCUACGCCUGCCUAGUAGAGAUUAUGAAAAGCCUUUGCUUAUGCCCAUAUGUGAUGUUGUCAAAGCACAUUCAAUGGCCGUUUCAGCAUGUGGUAAAUUGGAGGCUGGAGCCCUACAAAUUGGAUCUAAGGUUCUGGUUAUGCCUUUGGGGGAUACAACAUCAGUUCGUUCCAUUGAGCGCAACUCCCAACCUUGUGAUAUUGCAAGGGCUGGAGAGAAUGUUUCUGUUGUUUUACAGGGCAUCGAUGUUAAUCAUAUAAUUGCAGGAGGUGUCUUAUGUCAUCCAGAUUUUCCUGUUAGGGUUGCAUCUCGCUUGGAGUUGAAAAUUCUUGUCUUGGAUGUAAAAAUCCCAAUUUUGAUUGGUUCUCAGCUGGAAUUCCAUAUCCAUCAUGCAAAAGAAGCGGCUAGAGUUGUAAAAAUAGUGUCAUUGAUCGAUCCCAAAACCGGGAAGGAGACAAAAAAGGCACCUCGCUGUCUUCUAGCAAAGCAGAGGGCUGUUAUACAGGUAGCUUUACAAGGAGCGGUUUGUGUUGAGGAUUUCUCCAAUUGUAAAGCUCUUGGGAGGGUAUUUCUACGUUCAUCAGGAAGAACCAUAGCCGUGGGUGUUGUCACUCAAGUACUGGAAGACCAGAAUUAGUACAAUCUCUUGCUGUAUAUCAUCUCUAAAAGUAUAUAUCAUAAUAGUUAUAGAAUUGAGACAGUGCACACAAAUGAGGAAGUAAAUUUUGAAAGUGAGUUUACUACUGAGGCCAAGUGUACGGCAUAUACUGCUGUAACAAGUAGUAAAUUCUAUCGGAACCAUCUACAAUUUUCUUUAUUAUACAUCAGCUACUUGUUUAACUGUGCCACAUGCUUUGAUUUUCCCUGACAAAGCUCGGGAUGGCACAGCCUGUGGCUCUGACGUGACUAAGCUACCACAGCCUGUGGCUACCCGGGCCCUGCGAGGCACAGCCCAUGUCCAUCAUUUACUUGGUGUUGUUUGUAGUUCGAAAAAUCUGAGUGGUCUAUUUAAGGCCAAAACUGCCAGUCAAACAUACACGGCUUUUUGUUGAAACUGUUUCAUUUGAUUUGAAUUAUUUGAACUACCAAUUGCCAGGGAAACAUACCUGACAUACCUAUUUUUCUUCAAAA